UUCCAGAAAUCUCUUUCAGUUCAUUUUCUGAAGUAUUCCUUAAACUAGUGAAAAGUUUUUUUUCGUGAAGUGCUAGUACAAUUCCUCCAUUUUUUUAAUAAAAAAUAAAUUAAUUUGAGCUAAAUAAAUAAAAGAAAUAAAGAUGUCGAAAGCUCCAGCUGUUGGUAUUGAUUUGGGUACAACCUACUCCUGCGUGGGUGUAUUCCAACACGGAAAGGUUGAAAUUAUUGCCAACGAUCAGGGAAAUCGUACGACACCAUCAUAUGUCGCCUUCACAGACACCGAACGUUUGAUCGGUGAUGCCGCCAAAAAUCAGGUCGCCAUGAAUCCAACAAACACCAUUUUCGAUGCUAAACGUUUGAUUGGUCGCAAAUUCGAAGAUGCUCCAGUACAGUCUGACAUGAAGCACUGGCCUUUCGAGGUUGUCAGUGUUGAGGGAAAGCCAAAAAUCCAGGUUAUCUACAAGGAUGAAAAGAAGACCUUCUUCCCCGAAGAAAUCUCAUCCAUGGUCUUAACCAAGAUGAAGGAAACCGCUGAAGCUUACCUCGGCAAGACUGUAUCAAAUGCUGUCAUCACAGUACCAGCUUACUUCAACGAUUCUCAACGUCAAGCAACCAAGGAUGCCGGUACCAUUGCUGGUUUGAAUGUUUUGCGUAUCAUCAACGAGCCAACUGCCGCUGCUAUUGCUUACGGUUUGGAUAAGAAGGCUGCCGGUGAACGUAACGUUCUCAUCUUCGAUUUGGGUGGUGGUACUUUUGAUGUGUCCAUCUUGUCCAUUGAUGACGGUAUCUUUGAAGUCAAGUCGACCGCUGGUGACACUCACUUGGGAGGUGAAGAUUUCGACAAUCGUCUAGUUACACACUUUGUGCAAGAGUUCAAGCGCAAGCACAAGAAGGAUCUUACCACCAACAAGCGUGCCCUUCGUCGUCUGCGUACAGCUUGUGAACGUGCAAAGCGUACUCUGUCAUCAUCGACCCAAGCCAGCAUUGAAAUCGAUUCACUAUUUGAAGGAACUGACUUCUACACCUCGAUCACCCGUGCCCGUUUCGAAGAAUUGAACGCCGAUCUUUUCCGCUCCACCAUGGACCCCGUCGAGAAGGCCAUCCGUGAUGCUAAGUUGGACAAAUCAUCCAUCCACGAUAUUGUGUUGGUUGGUGGCUCCACCCGUAUCCCAAAGGUGCAACGUUUGUUGCAGGACUUCUUCAACGGCAAGGAAUUGAACAAGUCGAUCAAUCCCGAUGAGGCUGUUGCUUAUGGUGCCGCUGUCCAGGCCGCCAUCUUGCACGGUGACAAGUCCCAGGAAGUCCAGGAUCUUUUGCUCCUCGAUGUUACCCCCUUGUCUUUGGGUAUUGAAACUGCCGGAGGUGUAAUGAGCGUUUUGAUCAAGCGCAACACCACCAUCCCAACCAAGCAGACCCAGACCUUCACCACCUAUUCCGACAACCAACCCGGUGUGUUGAUCCAGGUCUACGAAGGUGAACGUGCCAUGACCAAGGACAACAACUUGUUGGGCAAGUUCGAACUUUCUGGAAUUCCACCAGCACCACGCGGUGUGCCCCAGAUCGAAGUUACCUUCGACAUCGAUGCUAACGGUAUCUUGAACGUCACCGCUUUGGAACGAUCAACCAACAAGGAAAACAAGAUUACCAUCACCAACGACAAGGGCCGUCUAUCCAAGGAAGACAUCGAGCGCAUGGUUAACGAGGCCGAGAAAUACCGUACCGAGGAUGAGAAGCAAAAGGAAACCAUCUCCGCCAAGAACGCCUUGGAAUCUUACUGCUUCAACAUGAAGGCCACACUUGAUGAAGACAACCUCAAGAGCAAGAUCGCUGACACUGACAGAACCACCAUUCUCGACAAGUGCAACGAAACCAUCAAGUGGUUGGACGCCAACCAAUUGGCCGACAAGGAAGAAUAUGAACACCGCCAGAAAGAAUUGGAAGCUGUCUGUAAUCCAAUCAUCACCAAGCUCUACCAAGGAGCCGGUGGUCCACCCGGAGGCAUGCCCGGAUUCCCAGGUGGUGCCCCAGGCGCUGGUGCCGGACCCACCCCUGGCGCUGGAGCAGGUGCUGGCCCAACCAUUGAAGAGGUCGAUUAAAUAACAAAAUUGAAAUACAUCUCUUCUCAUCAUAACCACAAUCUUUUGUCAUUCCAAGAAGAACACCAACUCUUCUCCCCCAAUGUUGCAUUUCUGAGUUUUAUUUAUUCACUCUUAUAUAAAAAUUGCAAAAACAAAAAUGUAUUAAUUUAUUAAACCAACAAAAAACAUAGUUAAAAUUUGCCCAGCCAUUAUAAGAGAAUUUAAAAUUUGUCUCAUUAUAUGUAAUAUCCUUUAAUUCUUACCAGGUUUGUGCUUAAAUUUGCAAACAAGAAUUUUAAUGAAAUAAAGAAAAGCACGCUUGGAGUGAAUGAACAAAAUGAAA